CAUACAACUUCAUAAGUUACAACUAAAACAAGUGCAACUCCUCUAGGGUUUUUGUUAUGUGUAAUCCCACUAGAGACGAUGGCUCUAGCCAAAGCGACAUGGUGCGUAAAGAGAAAAGACCAUAUUUUCAGAGAUAUUGGACGUCGGCUGAUAUAGCAAGAGCGUUAACCGUCACGACUGUGCACUUUUGGUGUCUCCUGGCGCCAUUUAACUACAAAUGGGAAGCAUUACGGUUCGGUCUGAUUCUCGCCGCAGUGACUAACCUGCUCAUCACAUUCUCGUACCAUAGGAACUUGUCUCAUGGGAGCUUUAAGCUCCCGAAAUGGCUUGAAUAUCCUUUUGCUUACGCUGCUGUUUUCGCUCUUCAGGGUGAUCCACUGGAUUGGGUGAGCAUACAUAGGUUCCACCACCAGUUCAGUGAUUCGGACCGCGACCCACAUAGCCCUAAGGAAGGACUUUUGUUCAGCCAUAUCAUGUGGAUAUUUGACACCCUUUAUAUAAAAGAUAAGUGUGGUGGACGUAACAACGUGAUGGACUUGAAGAAGCAAUGGUUCUAUAGGUUUCUACGAAAGACAAUUGGUCUCCAAGUCUUAAUGUAUUGGACCGUCCUCUAUCUCUACGGGGGUUUACCUUACCUUACAUGUGGAGGGGGCGUUGGAGGUGUACUAGGGUACCACGUGACAUGGCUCGUAGCCUCAGUAGGCCAUACUUGGGGUUCGAGGCCGUGGAAGACUAACGACACAUCUCAUAACGUUUGGUGGCUAAGCUUAGUUACGAUGGGAGAUAGUUGGCACAACAAUCACCACGCGUUUGAGUGGUCGGCGAGGCAAGGACUGGAGUGGUGGCAGAUAGAUAUCACUUGGUACCUCAUUCGACUAUUUGAGGUUCUCGGAUUAGCCACAGAUGUGAAAUUGCCUUCGGAAUCUCAGAAACAGAAGUUGGCUCUCGCUCGUUGAUGUUUUAUUUUAAUUAACCCAUAAUCUUAUAAGAUUUGAAUUAUCGUAUGAGGCAGUAGUCAGAAACUUAUUAAGAAAAAGUGAUCUAGUUUCUAAGUUCUAUAGUAACAACGACUAGAGAGUUUAUAUAAGUUCAAGAUUAUGGUUAUUUGUUUCUCUUUUCCAAAAUAAAUGAAUGUUUUACGUCUUCUCUCUUGUA